AAAGCCGAAGCCCCGGGAGAAGAUGCCGGCCAUCCUGGUGGCCUCCAAAAUGAAGUCGGGACUGCCCAAACCCGUGCACAGCGCCGCGCCCAUCCUGCACGUGCCCCCAGCCCGGGCGGGCCCCCAGCCUUGCUAUCUCAAGUUGGGAAGCAAGGUGGAGGUGAGCAAGACCGCCUACCCUAGCCAGAUCCCCUUGAAAUCGCAGGGGCUGCAGGAGCUGGCGGGGGAGGGGCUCCCGCUGCGGAUGAGCGGCUCCGUGGAGAACGGGUUCGAUACCCAGAUCUACACGGAUUGGGCCAAUCACUAUCUAGCCAAAUCAGGCCACAGGCGUCUCAUUAAGGAUCUCCAGCAAGACGUGACGGACGGUGUCCUCCUAGCCCAGAUUAUCCAGGUCGUAGCAAAUGAGAAGAUUGAAGACAUCAAUGGCUGUCCGAAGAACAGAUCGCAAAUGAUUGAAAACAUAGAUGCCUGUUUGAAUUUCCUGGCAGCUAAGGGAAUAAACAUCCAGGGACUCUCUGCGGAAGAGAUCAGGAAUGGAAAUCUCAAGGCCAUCCUAGGCCUCUUCUUCAGCCUCUCCCGGUACAAGCAGCAGCAGCAACAGCAGCCGCCGCAGCCCCAGAAGCCGCACCUCCCCUCGCCACUGCCGCCCGCCGGGUCCCAGGCGGCAGGGGCCCCCUCCCAGUGCCAGGCUGGCCCUCCUCAGCAGCAGGUGCCAGCCACCCCCCAAGCGCCGUGCCAGCCUCACCAACCAGCGCCACAUCAGCCAUCAAAAGCACAAGCCGAGAUGCAGUCCAGUGCAUCUUCCAAGGACUCAUCACAAAGCAAAAUCAUCCGCUUCACUCUGGGUCAGAAAAAGACCUCUAGACUUCCAGGUCCUACCGCGAGGGUAUCCGCUGCAGGCAGCGAGGCCAAGACACGCGGAGGGUCAGCCACUGCUAACAACCGACGGAGCCAGAGCUUUAACAACUAUGACAAGUCUAAACCGGUCACUUCCCCGCCCCCGCCAUCAAGCAGCCACGAGAAAGAGCCUUUGGCGAGCCCGGCAUCCUCCCACCCCGCAAUGAGCGAAGAUGCACCCGCUGCUUUGGAGGGAGGCGGCGGGGGUGGCCCUGCUAGCUGCGGCGCCUCCUCCGCCAUCCCCCAGCCCUGCUCGGCCUCCAAGCCCUGGCGUAGCAAGUCGGUCAGCGUGAAGCACAGCGCCGCGGCCGCCACGCUCUCAGUCAAGCCGCCCACGCCCGAGCCCCCCCGGCCCGCCCCCGAAGCCCUGAAGCCGGCCCCCAACAAUCAGAGGUCCAUGCUGGAAAAACUGAAACUUUUCAACAGCAAGGGGGCUUCCAAGGCGGGCGAGGGCCCGGGGUCGCGGGACACGAGCUGCGAGCGGCUGGAGAUCCUGCCCAGCUUCGAGGAGAGCGAAGAGAUGGAGGCGGGCGGCCGCCCGCUAUCAGCGGCCGGCCCCGCGUCCAGCAGCCCCAAGAUCGCCCUCAAGGGCAUCGCCCAGAGGACUUUCAGCCGGGCGCUGACCAACAAGAAGAGCUCCCCGAAAGGCAGCGAGAAGGAAAAGGAGAAACAGCAGCGCGAGAAGGAGAAAAGCAAGGACCUCACCAAGAGAGCCUCGGUAACAGACAGGCCGGACCUCAAAGAGGGGCCGAGAGAAGACCCCAGCGGGGCCGCCCUGACCGAGAUGCCCAAAAAGUCCUCCAAGAUCGCCAGCUUCAUCCCCAAAGGGGGGAAGCUCAACAGUGCCAAGAAGGAGGCCCCGGCCCCUUCCCACAGCGGGAUACCAAAACCAGGGAUGAAGAGCGUGCCCGGGAAAUCCCCAAGUGCCCCCACGCCUUCCAAGGACGGGGAGCGAGCCCGGGGUGGGAAGCCGAACUCGGGGCUCCCCCAGCAGAAGCCCCCGCUGGACGGCAGGCACUCCAGCUCCUCCUCCAGCCUGGCGUCCUCGGAAGGAAAAGGCCCCGGAGGGAUCGGCCUGAACCACAGCAUCAGCAGCCAGACUGUCAGUGCGUCCGUGGGGACCACCCAGACCACAGGAAGCAAUACUGUCAGUGUCCAGCUACCUCAGCCCCAGCAGCAAUACAGCCACCCCAACACUGCCACCGUGGCGCCUUUCCUGUACAGGUCCCAGACAGACACCGAAGGGAAUGUUACUGCCGAGUCCAGCUCAGGGGGUGUGACCACGGAGCCCAGCCACUACACCAAGAGUGGACAGCCUGCCCUGGAGGAACUCACUGGGGAGGACCCCGAGGCUCGGCGACUGCGGACGGUGAAGAAUAUUGCUGAUCUGCGGCAGAAUUUGGAGGAGACCAUGUCCAGUUUACGGGGAACUCAGGUUACACACAGCACGUUGGAAACCACGUUUGGCACCAACGUCACCACGGAGAUCAGCGGGCGCAGUAUCCUCAGCUUGACGGGCAGGCCCGCUCCCCUGGCCUGGAGGCUCGGCCAGUCCAGCCCCCGGCUGCAGGCGGGAGACGCCCCCUCGAUGGGCAAUGGCUACCCUCCCCGGGCCAACGCCAGCCGCUUCAUCAACACCGAGUCGGGCCGCUACGUGUACUCUGCCCCCCUGCGGAGGCAGCUGGCCUCCAGGGGCAGCAGCGUCUGCCACGUGGACGUCUCGGACAAGGCGGGAGAUGAGAUGGACCUGGAGGCCGUCAGCAUGGAUGCGCCUGGCUACAUGAGCGACGGGGACGUGCUGAGCAAGAACAUGCGGGCGGACGACAUCACCAGCGGGUACAUGACCGACGGUGGACUUGGCCUCUACACCCGCCGCCUGAACCGGCUCCCUGAUGGGAUGGCUGUGGUGCGAGAGACCCUGCAAAGAAACACCUCCCUGGGCCUCGGAGAUGCUGACAGCUGGGAUGACAGCAGCUCCGUCAGCAGCGGGAUCAGUGACACCAUAGACAACCUCAGCACGGAUGACAUCAACACCAGCUCGUCCAUCAGCUCCUAUGCCAACACGCCUGCCUCCUCACGCAAGAACCUGGAUGUGCAGACUGACGCCGAGAAACACUCACAGGUGGAGAGGAGUUCCCUGUGGUCCAGCGAGGAUGUCAAGAAGUCAGACGGGGGCUCAGACAGCGGCAUAAAGAUGGAGCCGGGGUCGAAGUGGAGGCGGAACCCGUCUGACGUGUCCGAUGAGUCUGACAAAAGCACGUCAGGCAAGAAGAACCCCGUCAUCUCACAGACCGGCUCGUGGCGGCGAGGCAUGACAGCUCAGGUCGGCAUCACCAUGCCAAGGACGAAGCCGGCUGCCCCGACAGGCACGCUCAAGACCCCCGGAACCGGGAAAACAGACGAUGCAAAAGUGUCUGAGAAAGGAAGGCUGUCACCCAAAGCCGCCCAGGUGAAGCGUUCCCCAUCAGAUGCCGGCCGCAGCAGUGGUGAUGAAUCCAAGAAGCCCCUCCCCAGCAGCUCCAGGACGCCUGCCGCCAACGCCAACAGCUUUGGGUUCAAGAAGCAGAGUGGCUCUGCCGCUGGCCUGGCCGUGAUCACAGCCAGCGGGGCCACCGUCACGAGCAGGUCAGCCACACUGGGCAAAAUCCCAAAGUCGUCCGCACUUGUCGGUCGGUCCACCGGUCGGAAGACGAGCAUGGAUGGGGCUCAGAAUCAGGACGAUGGGUAUCUGUCUCUCAGCUCCCGGACGAACUUACAGUACCGGAGUCUGCCAAGGCCCAGUAAGUCCACCAGCCGGAACGGGGCCGGAAACAGGUCUAGUACCAGCAGCAUAGAUUCCAACAUCAGCAGCAAGUCAGCCGGCCUGCCGGUGCCCAAGCUGAGGGAGCCUUCCAAAACAGCCCUGGGCAGCUCUCUGCCAGGUCUGGUCAACCAGACCGAUAAGGAGAAAGGCAUCUCUUCCGACAACGAGAGCGUGGCUUCCUGUAACUCGGUGAAGGUGAACCCGCCACCCCAGCCCGUGUCCAGUGCGGCUCAGGCCACUCUCCAGCCAGGGGCCAAGUACCCCGAUGUGGCCUCUCCCACGCUCCGCAGACUCUUUGGUGGGAAGCCUACCAAGCAAGUGCCCAUCGCCACAGCCGAAAACCUGAAAAGCUCGGUGGUCAUCUCCAACCCUCACGCCACCCUGAGCCAGCAGGGUAACUUAGAGUCCCCCUCGGGCAGCGGCGUCCUGAGCAGCGGGAGCAGCAGCCCUCUCUACAGUAAGAAUGUGGACAGCACCCAGUCCCCCCUGGCCUCCAGCCCCAGCUCUGCCCACUCGGGCCCCUCCAACAGCCUCACCUGGGGCACGAAUGCAAGCAGCUCCUCGGCCGUGAGCAAGGACGGCCUGGGCUUCCAGUCGGUCAGCAGCCUCCACACCAGCUGCGAGUCCAUUGACAUCUCCCUGGGCAGCGGAGGGGCGCUGAGCCACAACUCCUCCACCGGCCUCAUCGCUGCCUCCAAGGACGACGCCCUCACCCCCUUUGUCAGAACCAACAGUGUGAAGACCACACUGUCGGAAAGCCCUCUCUCUUCCCCUGCCGCUAGCCCUAAGUUCUGCAGAAGUACUCUGCCCCGGAAACAGGACAGUGACCCGCACCUUGAUAGGAACACUUUGCCUAAAAAAGGACUCAGGUAUACCCCCACCUCCCAGCUCCGCACACAAGAAGACGCAAAAGAAUGGUUGCGGUCCCACUCUGCAGGAGGCCUGCAGGACACCACCGCCAACUCCCCUUUCUCCUCUGGCUCCAGUGUAACUUCUCCUUCUGGAACAAGAUUCAACUUUUCUCAGCUGGCGAGUCCCACCACCGUCACCCAGAUGAGCUUGUCCAACCCGACCAUGCUGAGGACCCACAGCCUCUCCAAUGCCGACGGGCAGUAUGACCCGUACACCGACACCCGCUUCCGCAACAGCUCCAUGUCCCUGGACGAGAAGAGCAGAACCAUGAGCCGCUCAGGCUCAUUCCGCGAUGGGUUUGAGGAAGUUCAUGGAUCCUCACUCUCCUUGGUUUCCAGCACGUCAUCAAUUUAUUCUACACCGGAAGAAAAAUGCCAGUCAGAGAUUCGCAAACUACGGCGGGAACUGGAUGCCUCCCAAGAAAAAGUUUCUGCUUUGACCACCCAGCUGACAGCAAAUGCUCACCUCGUGGCAGCCUUUGAGCAGAGUCUUGGAAACAUGACCAUCAGGCUCCAGAGCUUAACCAUGACGGCUGAGCAGAAGGAUUCAGAACUGAAUGAGUUGAGAAAAACCAUUGAGCUGCUGAAGAAACAGAACGCAGCUGCCCAGGCUGCUAUUAAUGGAGUCAUUAACACCCCGGAGCUCAAUUGCAAAGGGAACGGAACCUCCCAGGCCACAGACCUCCGCAUCCGCAGGCAGCACUCCUCCGACAGCGUCUCCAGCAUCAACAGCGCCACCAGCCACUCCAGCGUGGGCAGCAACAUAGAGACCGAUUCAAAGAAGAAGAAGAGAAAGAACUGGGUCAAUGAGUUACGCAGCUCCUUCAAGCAAGCCUUCGGGAAGAAGAAGUCCCCCAAGUCAGCGUCCUCCCAUUCAGACAUUGAGGAGAUGACGGAUUCUUCUCUGCCUUCCUCACCGAAGCUACCACACAAUGGAUCCACGGGCUCCACUCCCCUGCUGCGAAACUCUCACUCCAGUUCUCUCAUUUCAGAGUGCAUGGACAGCGAAGCUGAGACGGUCAUGCAGCUUCGAAAUGAGCUGAGAGACAAGGAGAUGAAGCUGACCGACAUCCGCCUGGAAGCCCUCAGCUCUGCCCACCAGCUGGACCAGCUGCGGGAGGCCAUGAACAGGAUGCAGAGUGAAAUAGAGAAGCUGAAGGCUGAGAAUGACCGGCUGAAGUCAGAGUCUCAAGGCAGUGGCUGCAGCCGGGCGCCCUCCCAGGUGUCCCUGUCCGCCUCCCCCAGGCAGUCCCUGGGGCUCUCCCAGCACAGCCUGAAUCUCGCUGAGUCCAGCAGCCUGGACAUGUUGCUGGAUGACGCUGGUGAAUGCUCGGCUCGGAAGGAAGGAGGCAGGCAUGUUAAGAUAGUUGUCAGCUUUCAGGAGGAAAUGAAGUGGAAGGAGGAUUCCAGACCGCAUCUCUUCCUCAUCGGCUGCAUUGGAGUUAGUGGCAAGACGAAGUGGGACGUGCUUGAUGGGGUGGUUAGACGGCUCUUCAAAGAGUACAUUGUCCACAUUGACCCAGUGAGUCAGCUGGGGCUGAACUCGGACAGCGUCCUUGGCUACAGCAUCGGGGACGUCAAGCGCAGCAACACCUCCGAGACCCCCGAGCUGCUUCCCUGCGGCUACCUGGUCGGGGAGAACACGACCAUCUCCGUGGCGGUCAAAGGGCUCGCGGAAAACAGCCUGGACUCGCUGGUGUUCGAGUCCCUGAUUCCCAAGCCCAUCCUGCAGCGCUAUGUGUCCCUGCUGGCGGAGCACCGGCGGAUCAUCCUCUCAGGGCCCAGCGGCACCGGGAAAACCUACCUGGCCAACCGGCUGUCAGAGUACCUGGUGCUCCGGGAGGGGCGGGAGCUGACCGACGGGGUCAUCGCCACCUUCAAUGUGGACCACAAGUCCAGCAAGGAAUUGCGCCAGUACCUGUCCAACCUCGCCGACCAGUGUGCCAGCGAGAACAACGCCGCGGACAUGCCUCUCGUCAUCAUCCUCGACAAUCUGCAUCACGUCAGCUCCCUGGGCGAGAUCUUCAACGGGCUGCUCAACUGCAAGGACCACAAAUGCCCUUACAUAAUUGGCACGAUGAACCAGGCUACCUCUUCUACUCCCAAUCUGCAGCUUCAUCACAACUUCAGGUGGGUGCUUUGUGCCAACCACACGGAGCCCGUGAAGGGUUUCCUGGGCCGGUUCCUGCGGCGGAAGCUCAUGGAGACGGAGAUCAGUGGGCGGAUGCGGAACAUGGAGCUGGUGAAAAUCAUCGACUGGAUUCCCAAGGUCUGGCAUCACCUCAACCGCUUCCUGGAGGCGCACAGCUCCUCGGACGUCACCAUAGGCCCCCGGCUCUUCCUGUCGUGUCCCAUUGACGUGGAUGGCUCCAGGGUGUGGUUCACCGACCUGUGGAACUACUCAAUCAUCCCCUACCUCCUGGAAGCCGUCAGAGAAGGACUCCAGCUGUAUGGAAGGCGGGCCCCCUGGGAGGAUCCCGCCAAGUGGGUGAUGGACACCUAUCCUUGGACAGCCAGCCCGCAGCAGCACGAGUGGCCCCCUCUCCUGCAGCUCCGGCCCGAGGAUGUUGGCUUCGACGGCUACUCCAUGCCUCGGGAGGGGUCAACCAGCAAGCAGAUGCCCCCCAGUGACGCUGAAGGAGACCCGCUGAUGAACAUGCUCAUGAGGCUGCAGGAGGCCGCCAACUACUCCAGCCCCCAGAGCUACGACAGCGACUCCAACAGCACCAGCCACCAGGACGACAUCCUGGACUCAUCCCUGGAGUCUACUCUGUGACGGGGGCCGGCACGCGGAGCCCGCCCUCCUCCCGGUCCAAGCCCCCACAUCCUCCUCGCCCUGCACCGGCCUCCCCCGCGUCCCCCGAAGACGCCCUCCUGAGCCAGCCCUCAGCCUCCGCGUGAGCGCUGCAGGGAGCCCCAUGCCCUUCCUCGUCCUCCAGCCUUGACCUGGGUGCAGACGCCCCGGCUGGCUGCCUCGGGCCCGCGUCCUUCACAGCGAAAACUGCGCUAUCUUCCGUUUUCAUUACAGUUCUGCCUUGUUGCCGUGACCUCCCCAAGACACGGAAAGGUACUUCUCGGGAAAGGCCCAUCACCGUUGAAACAAGAGGGUGAAAAACAGCAGCAACAACAGCAAACCCUCUUGAAGCUCUGAAACCAAGCAGCCUCCUCGCCCUGAGCUGCCUGGAGAUGGAAGAGACCAAAGCAGAGUCGGAAAUGGAGACAGCAGCCUGGGUCCACCCUCCCCUCGCCACCCCGCUGAUGCCAUUCCAGCCUGCUGACGCCCUUCCACUCGGCCGGCCCCAGAGAGACCCAGUGCCCGCCGGGGUCCUUGCUCUGGACGCCCUCAGCAAACCGCAGAGCCACAUCACAGGGAGACCUUAGGAAAAACAAAUCGUGCUUUCUCUUCUGUUUGUUUUCGAAAUGGUGCUCUUCUUACCCGAGAGGUAUUCCGCCUGUCCCAGCUCACCCCCACCUCUCAGAUCCAUCAGCCUCCCGUUCAUCCUCCGGCGAGAGUGCGCGGCCGAGUGGUCGCAGCUGUAAAGGCCGAGCUGCACGCGUCCGAGUCCUCCUCCUACGGAA